AUGGCAGUACAUAUGAAGGGCCUAGAGACACAAAUGAGUCAGAUUAUUCAAGCUGUGAGCGGCCAGCAUAAGGCAGGGCAAUUCCCAGGGCAGCCAAAUGUAAAUCCUAAGGAUUGCAAGGCGAUCCACUUGAGGAGCGGGAAGAGUUAUGAGGGUCCUUCUAUGCCAGAGAUCUCACCAAAGCCUGUAGCUGAGCCAAAGACUAUAGUAGUGGAAGAAGCAGAAGGCGAGACAGAAAAUGAGGGACUUGAGACAUCACCUCCUGCAGUUCACCCCGGGGUGAACACACUAGUUAAGCUAGCAGAGGUCAGAGUACCAUUUCCCCAAGUGAUACAAAAGAAGAAGAAGGAUGAGCAGUUCUCUAAAUUCUGGGAGAUCUUCAAGAAGGUACAAAUUAACAUUCCGCUGAUUGAGGCACUGCAGCAAAUGCCUGGAUAUGUUAAAUUUCUUAAGGAGGCUAUCCCAAAAAAGAAGAAGUGGGGGCAUCAUGAGACCGUCAAUUUGACGGAAAACUGUAGUGCAAUUUUGCAAAGGAAGCUUCCGACCAAGAAGCAGGAUCCGGGGAGCUUUACUAUUGAAUGCACAAUUGGUGAACAUUUUGUGGAGAAUGCCUUAUGUGACGUUAGAGCUAGCAUUAACCUCAUGCCAUUGUCUUUGUAUAAAAAGAUGAAGAUUGGUUUGUUGAAGCCCACUACCAUCACGCUGCAGAUGGCUGAUAGAUCAGUGUCCUAUCCAGUGGGUGUCGUGGAGGAUAUAUUGGUGAGGGUAAAUGAGUUCGUCUUCCCAGCUGACUUAGUGAUACUGGACAUGGAGGAAGACAGAAGAGUACCUCUCAUUCUAGGAAGACCCUUCCUAGCCACAGGGAAGGCCUUGAUCGAUGUCGAUAAUGGAGAGCUCACAUUUCGCUUCAAUGGUCAAAGUGUAACAUUUUUCCAUCUAUGA